GUGUAAAGUUCCGUGAAAAAGUCUAAGGUGUAUUGUGUUGGUGGGGGGAAGAUGAGUUUGAAUUAGGAAAUAACUUGAGACUCAGCGAAGUAUUUUCCAGCUGGCUUUUCUUGUUUCGCCAGUUGUUGUAGGUGUAGUUGUGAAGAAGACAGAGAUGCCAUGUCAGGCUGCUAAUCUACCAUCUGAGAUUCCUGCUGAGUGUCUGAGUUUGAACCAUUAUAAACAUGCCACUCAUGUGUUGUCCUUUCAGAACAUCACAAAAACAAGGUCUAAAUAGGGGCAGACAGGUAAAGGCAGCAUUACAGAAACCUAACAUUUCUGCGUUUUGAUGCACUGCUAUUUCCACUUUUAUUUAAUGUGCCUAAUAUGUGGAAUCCAUCCCUAAUGAUGAAGCGAGCUGUUGUUAUUAGGGUCCUGUGAGAAUCUGCAGGAUGCUAUGACAUCAUCACUCACUGACCGGUGGUGGUGUCUUCUGGGGAGGUCUUCUGAGAGGUUUCUCACAGGGACACCUGUUCCAUGAAGCUUGCAGUUCCCUUCCGAGAUUCUGCCUUAUUUCAUUCUCAGCACGCUGCAGUGACCAGACGACCCCAGUGCAGCCUCGCGGGACCCGCUGCCUCAGUACCAGGUGGGAAGCUGCCUGCUGCACUGCCUUUUCCUGCUGUCUGCUGAGCUGGGCCAUGAGCUCUUCUACAUUUCCUUUCUCCCCUGCAUUCACUGGAAUCUGGACCCCUUUCUGUGCCGGCGGAUGGUCACUAUGUGGGCGAUUGUCAUGUACAUUGGUCAAGUAAUGAAGGACAAGCUGAAGAUGCCACGCCCUCUGUCGCCCCCGGUGGUGAAGCUGGAGACACGUGUGAACGCCGAGUACGGCAUGCCCUCCACCCACGCCAUGGCCGCCACCUCCAUUUCCUUCACCUUUCUGCUGAGCGCCUCCACUAGGCUGCAGUUCCCGUUUGGGGCCGGCCUCCUGCUGGCUGUCACGCUCUCCAUGCUGGUGGGCCUCAGCCGCCUUUACACUGGGAUGCAUUCUGCGCUGGAUGUGAUCUGUGGGAUGCUGAUUUCUGCUGCCCUUCUGAUGUUGACCUAUCCUCUGUGGGAUGCAUUCGACCACCUGCAGCUAACAAGCCCCCUCUCCCCCAUCGUGGCAUUGGUAUUGGCGCUUUUUCUAUGCUAUAGCUACCCCGAGCUGGACCAUUACAGCACGACGCGGGGGGACACCACCAUCAUUGUGGCUGUGAGUGCAGGGUGCUCCAUGGGAUACUGGGUGAACAAGCAGCUGGGGCAGACGUAUGAGCCCGAUGGGGGCUUCCCCCUGCCCCUGCCGGCCCUAACCGGACUGGCCCUGGCCCGCGGCAGCGCCCGUUUCCUCUUGGGCCUGGCCGUCCUCGUGGGGAUGAGGAGCGUGAUGAAAUCCGUCAGCCUGUGGCUGAUAUGCUCCUGGCACAAGGUUCCCCUGCAUGACCUGAACGCCAGGAGGGAGAAGAAGAUCGAGGUUCCGUACAAGUUCAGCACGUAUAUCACCAUUGGGCUUCUGAACACCAUCUUGAUGAACAGGCUCUUCGUGGCUUUGAAUCUGCUUUGAUGCCCAUCAGCAGCAACGUGUGUGUUCAGGUACCCUUGUGACAAAGCCUCCUCUGAUAUGGGGUUAAGACUCUUUCCAGGUGUUUCGUUACGCGUGUACGGUGUUCCGUGCAUGUACAUUUACAGUCAUGUGUUGUAUGUACAGGGAACAGGGCUGUUGAUUACUGCUGCCCAGUUAGGCUGAGGACUAACGAAAAGAGGAAAUGAACAUUUGCUUGUUUACCCACAUCCAGUCCGAUAAAGCCGAGACACUUAAAAGCUUUGCCACGUCAGGACGAGUUCAUCUUGGGGACUAACGGUUUAGGGACCUUCUCUGCGCUCGGCUGUUGACGUUUCCUGCUUCUGAGCUCGGCUCAAACUUGUACAUCUAGCAACUUCUGUUAGACCUGCUUUUGUUCAAUUAUUCUUCUAGUUUCAUUCUGCCUUUUGCUGGCAGUGGCUCCGCUGUGGUCUCCUGUGUUACUGUUUGAUGAAGCAGACAGAUGUUAUGGUCUUUUUCACUGCCGUGUUGUAUGUUUAAGGUGCUCGAUUAGCUUUCCUGGAAGGGUCACCUUUUAUGGUGGAGGAAGCUUUAAAUAAAUAUUUUUAUAUUGUCUCAUA